GCUACGUGAAACAUCUCCUUCACAACCACAACUUCCGUACUUUCCGAUUUUCUGCUCCUGCCAUGGCGUCUGGCAGUACCAGACGACAAACGACCUUAGCGGGUUCGGCUCUCGGGGAACUUCCUCAAAAACGGAGACGUCUUUCCUUUUUUGGUCGUCAAACUUCCCAUGUCUGCCCAAAUUUAUGCAAAACAAUGGAGUGGUCAACUGAGGAACUCACCGGGGCUAUUACAAAGAGCAGGGCAGUGAGAAUCAUGAGGCAGAGCUCCAAUGAAAUCAUUUCGAGAGUGAAUCUGGUCGGACAGGACAUCCAGCCGACUCUGACGCUGCAAUGUCCAUCGCAGCAAAAGGAGUCUACAAUAAGAGCUGAUAAGGCAAACCCAGCAUCUUCGUUCAGAGUACUUGAGCCACCUUCACGUUUUGCACUGUUUAAUAGCAACUUGAAUGCAUCUAGAGAAGCGGGGAAAUCGAAAGGAGUUCAGCAUAGAAGACCUCGAAAACGGAAGCCACCAGUCCGUGGACAGCUUGUCGCCAGAUCGAUACGAACUCCGAAUUCAUCCUAUGUCCGAAAGGCAAAAUCCGGACGAAUGCGAGCGAGUCCUACAGUGCAUGCGAAGUCGAAGAAAAAAGCGUUAAUCAAAGGACUUGGUAAGAGUAGAGUCAGAACCGUGUCAACACUGAAAAAACAAAACAUAUCCAACGACUUUGGAAACAAAAAAUGGGUGGGCAAAACUUCACACUGUACCGAAUUAGACAUGCAGACUUCGAAAAGAGUAAUGGGGGAGGAGUCAGCUUUGACAGACACAAAGGAGAAGAAAAGAAAGAAGCGGCGAAUGAAACGAGACAAGAUGAACGUUCAAUCAGCGUCUCUCUUGAGCCCUGGCCUGAGUCACUCAAUCUGGAAAGAUAUGAAAGACGACCUCAGACGAUCCAGCCCUCACUCCUCUCGACGCAUGCGUAAAACGCCUGUUUCUCCAGCCAUAAUCCAGGCUCACGCCUGUGGACCUCCUUGCCCGAGUAAUGUCAGCGGACAGGAUGCUCCCGUGGAGUGGCCUUCUCUAAGCGACGCAUACCGUCUGAAAGGUCUGGUUAAAGACGCUGCGACAGAAAUCGUUAAAAACAAACAAAGCGGUUCCGUCACUCGAAUGACGAGGCAAAGGUGGGCUGAUAUUGUAGCUUCAAGAUCAAAAGAAAAAAUUCCAUUUCAAGAAGUCACUAAAGAUGGGAACAGCUUGCGCUUAGAACCCCCACGGCAGAAUACGUGGGCGGCUGUUGCUGCUUCUUCGUAUGCUAAAGCUCAAAGUCAGAUACCUCCAGAAACAGCCUCAGCUUCACAAAGGGGUCCUGUAACAGAGGCGAAACCAACUGCUCUGAAUGACCGCUCUUCCAGAGAGUCACUCACAAGAUCAAGGCGAAGAAGAAAGAACAUGUCCACUACGUAUAGAGAUAAACUGUUAGGAGGGUGUGUAAAAGGUAAGGGAAAACCUCAGUCCUUAUCAUUUUACAGAAGGCUUGCGAUGGAAGGCAGGCGAGGCGCAAAAAUGCGGAGGAAUAAGAAGAGACAAAAGAAGAAGGCCUGUACAGCUGUUCAUGACAAUACGCCCUCCGACAUGGCCCCUGACAAAACUGUCGUUGUCCCUAAGGUGGGUGCACGAGAGGAAGUUAACCCCGUCAAACGUAGGGAGGCCACCUCCAGAGAUAACAAUGGUAAGCAGGCCUGGAGUAUUGACAACAUGCCCGUGGUAUAUACUAAACCAGCCAGUAGCGUCAUAUCACUCAAUGAACCACAGCUGAAAGUGAAGAGGCACCGCAAAGGUAACAAGAAUAAAUGCAAUAAUCGCGAUUUCAGCUUGGCAGAUUUUAUUACUUCUGCAGCAAAGAACAAACGCAGACAAAAGGAUGAAAAACCUGAGAGGAAGAAUGAAUCCUCCGGAAGCGACCUGUGUACUCUUCUCAGCAGUAUCUCAUUCCACUCUGAGAAGAACCUAGAAGACGGUGAGUGCAGCUACUCAGAGAAGCGGACAAGAAAAGAACAGAAAAGCUUGCCAUGUGUAGAAAAUACAUCUCCGCAUCAGCUCAAGAGGACGAAGCAAGCUAAACGGCACAACAAAGCAGAUGGUGAGACAAAAAAGGUGUCUCUCAGAUACAGGGCCUUGCUACACCGAGAAGAAGGGCGCCUUGACGUCAAAGCCGUGUCGGAAAUACACACGCGAAACAAACGAGCUGAGGCCCUGUUAGGGAACAAAUGCUCAAAUAGAGAUAAGGUGAAACUACAAAGACAAGAGCGGCAACACAGAUCUCACAAUGAACAGCGCUCCCCAACUCAGACAUCCAUUAACGUGACCAAAAAUAACGAGCCUUCUCAAGCAAUUAAUCAUUCCGAAGCUCAAGGAACGUCGAAGGACUUUACGUCCAGCUGUACAAAUACUGUUAGGAAAUCAAAGGCUUCUAAUGACAGCGUGGAGGGUACAGGACAGAUGUGUACUUCAGACAAGAGAGACGCCAACAACUCUUUCGUCCAAAUGUGCAGCAACGGGGGCUCUUCGGCUUCCUUCAACCUGCUGCCCAUUGCCAGCGACUUCGACGUUCCCCUCCCCCUCCACUUCCGGAGCGAGCCAGACCUGACAGUUCGCCCAGGCUUGUUACAGCUGGAUGUCCAGCCUGUCCCGACCGACUGCCUGGACAUAAAAUGGUGGCACUCUUACCUGUUCCAGCAGACGGGGGGUGAUACAGGACCAGAGGAGCCCAGUACCAGCAGCAAACGGAAGCCAAUCGAUUGAUACUCGAUUAAACCUGUUCCCUGACUGACACUCGCUGCACGUUUCUUUGAAAAGACGUAAUAAUUAGGGAUCAAAAACAGCACUUUAUGAAGACAAAAAUAAAACAGUCAUCUACAAAAUAGU